AUGAGUGGUUCACACGGUACACUUGAAGUAACCAUUAUCGAAGCUCGUCAUCUCAAAGAUCAAGACAUCGUUGGCAAAAAUGAUGCUUUCGUUGAAGUCUAUCUAGACAAAGACUACAAACAACGAACAAAGACGAUUAAGAAUAACAACGAUCCUCAGUGGAACGAAACAUUUACCUUUAAUUUAUCGCGAAAUCAUGACGAUUUACAUCUUCAUGUUUAUGAUGACGAUGCAGUCGGCAAAGAUUCGAUCGGCGAAGCAAAGAUUGAUCUGAGAAAGCAUGAUUUUUCCAAAGGCGCUUUUGACGAGUGGAUAAAACUACCCGCCCUGUUAGGUCUUCGUUCGAAAGGCGAAAUUCAUGUAAAGAUCGAACAUAAAGAAUGA